CAAGGUUGUGGAGAAUUUGGCGGCGUAUCGAGCGGACUGCAUCGACCGGUUGAUGCGAGAGGGCUGCGACUUGGAUCCCGUCAUCGGCGACACCGAGGAAGACCAGCUCAUUGAAGAAGAGGAACCCCAGUAAAGCAAAACUAUAAUGCGAGAAUGACUACAAAUCGGAAGUCGUUAUUUAUGUUCCUGAUGGGUCUGGCGUGGAAAUGCCGCUUUAGCAUGCCACUACUGCUGAGCGGUUCAGCAGCGGUGCUGGGACGCGCCUGGAUGUUCCAGGUUCGAGUCCGGACCGUGCACAGCCUCCGAGACCACGAGCUGGCGUACUACGAAGACGACGAGGAGGAGGAGGACUCCUGGGAGACCGACACCAACGACUCCUGGGAGACCAUCAUGGAAGAGGAGGUAGCUUAUGGGUAGACCUGGCCAGUUCAUGUGUGCGGUAUAUGUUAUAUCCUCUAGAGAGCCAGCAUGCGGGUAGACCCGGUUAUGUAUACAGAUUAAGUUACAAAUAACCUUUUGAACGCUUUACGUCAUAAACAAAAACGUCACGUACACGCGAAGGUCACGGGCGCAAGACAAUGAAAGUGUGAAGUUUUUUUACAGCGUACCACGACUAGGUACGACGCGUUCUUGGCGUUUUUUUUCUUUCGGAGCGAUUAUUUCCGAAAAUAUGAACAUUAUCAAAAAAUGGUUUUUGGAGACGCUUAUUCGUUUCGAAAGGCCUAUCCAACGAUAGCCCACACUAUUAGGUCAAAGCAAAAAAAAAAUUCUAUCCUCCUAAGACCCUGAGUACAAAUUUUUGUACAUAUUCCUAAAUCUAUUUUCAACUUUUAUUACCUAUGUAACUAAGGGUUCCAAAUUCAAAAACAAAACAAUUGCUUCCGGGUCUCAGGAGGGUAUGGGAAGUAUCUUUUUUUAUUGCAGUUUUUAUUUUACCGUUCUGUCGCCAUGCAUAAUUUAUGUAUCCAUGCCAAAUUGCAGCUUUCUAGGUCUAACGAUCACGGAAAAAAACCGCGGACGGACGGACAGACGGACAUGGCAAAACUAUAAGGGUUUCUAGAUGACUAUCGAACCCUAAAUAGAGCGUACUCCCAUCUUCAAGACAUCACACUUUUAAUCCCUGUGGUGCUGGGUGUCCAUGGGCGACGGUGACUACUUACCAUCGGACGAUUUGUCUGCUUGUUUGCCUUCGAUAUCAUCAAAAAAGAUGGAUUAUUUAACCUUUUCAACGCCAAAGACCACUAAAACGGUCAUCGUCUGUCGUGCCCGCGACGCCAAUGACCAUUAAGAAGGCUAUGGCGGACGUUGUCAAAGCGACUUUCCUACUGUCAGUUAAGCUUCAUAUUCGCUCUUCACCAGUUAACUUUUUGGCAUCCAUGGCAUUUCUUGACACGUGUGGAAAAGCGUUGAAAAGGUUAUUUUAAAACAUGUUGCUCUGUGAGCAGAGGCGGCGUUAGGUGUGGGCGACGUGGGCCACCGCCCGCGGCCUCGCGGUCCGAGCGGCCUCGCGGUCCGAGCGGCCUCGCGGUCCGAGGGGCCUCGCGCCUCAAAUAAGUAUAUCUCGGACACAACGUAAAAAUAUUCGUCAUUUCUUGCGCCACCAGAGGGCCUCGCUAAAUGUACCUUGCCCACAUAAAAUUAACGUCUUGCCCCGCCACUAUCCGUGAGCUACCGCGCGAACCGUUAUGGUUGCACCAUUUUAAAACUAAAUCGAUAAAAUAUCGAAACUGCAGCGGCAGCACGUUCGCAUUUUUAUCACCUGUCACCAUGCCUGUCACGUUCUAACAAGUAUGUAAGUGUGAAAGUGACGGGCAUGGUGACGGCGAAAAUGCAACCAUGUCGCUCACAAAAUUUUACGAGAACGGGAUGAAAAUUCCGGACAAAAAUCAUACGUUUUUUUCUGGAACUUUAUCAAAUUUAAUUUUUUUCAGUAUUUUCCCAUUUUAUUCAGAAAAAUUAAAUACGUCAUACACAAUGCCACUGAUGAGUGAUGACAGCGUCAAAUAUAUAAAAUGCCAGAAAUAUGGAAGGUAGAGCAAGGAACAAAAUCUCCAUAUACCAAAAAGUUUCCGACAAAAAAACAUAAAUAGGUGGCGCUACAAUACCUAGACUACUUGAGAAAACAAUCUAAUCAUAGACAGCGCACUUCACUCCGUCAAUAACGCCUAGGUUCUUAGCUACUCUACUCUAGUGCUACUCUGGAGAGAUUUGGAACUAUUAUUUAUAGCUGACAGCUGGACACUUUUGCAACAAUUCUGCCUAAGGAGUUUCUGUUCCUUGCCUCUACCUUCCAUAGCCAGAAACUAACACAUUAGACGUACAACCUUUAACCUUCCUGUUUAAAUUCCCAAUCAUUCAGAAAUUAAAAAAAAAACUUGAUUUUUUCGGCUUUAUUCGUUUUUUUUGGGAGUAUUUUAACUUUAAAAAAAACCGAGUCGUUUGGAAAUUUUCCCGUAUUUUUCCGGAUUUUUUCAAUGCUAACGAGAACCGUGCAACAUCGAGCUGAUAUGAUGAUGGCCAGCAUUCUUCAGUGGCUCUACGAUACCCCGCAACACCGCACAUAAUUAUGAAUAUUAUGAUUAAUUUAGUCAAUAAACAAGAUCAACUGCGGGUAGUUCGAAAAACUCACGCGGCUAGAAGAUGUUGAUGUCUACUUUAACCAGUCUUUUCCGAGACCACGGGGACAACGCUGUCCUCGAAACGUCGGAGGUAAAUUUAAAACUUAAUACGCGAUUAAGUCCCGUUUGUGUUAGUUAAUAAUGUGUAAAAUCGUGAAAGUUUAAAUCAGUGUUAUUUAGGACUAGUCCAAUCCUUGGGGGGCGGUAACCCUUUGAGGUACACCAGGGCCGCAUCGCACGAAUCGCACGCAUUGCAUACAAAGGAUUUUAGUAAUCUUUGUAUAGGAACCAGUGAUCGGAACUAUGGGAGUAAAACUUUAACAAAACUUGUUAAGCGGACAUAAAAUAGUGCAUACAGCCCUAAAAAUAUUCAUGUCCAUAGGGAUAGGAAUAGUAUAGAUAUUCGAAUAUUUUUAAGGCUAUAAGCACUCUUUAUACGUCCGCUUGAUAAGUUUUGUUAAAGUUUUACUCCCAUAGUUCCGAUCACUGAUAGAAACUCAUACACAGACAUGGAAGUGUUUGUGGCAAAGUAAAGUGAUUGACAAAAUGAUAUAUCGUCAUGUCUCUUAUCGAUGUAACAAAAAAUACAAAAUUAAUGAUAGUGGCAUUUUUUUUUAGAAACGCUCAAAUAUAUUUUGUAUUAAUUGAGUGUAUUAAAGUGUAAAGUGAUAUUUUAGUCACUUACCAAAAUAACAUUGUUGGGGCUCUGGAGGAUAAGUUAUUAAGCUUAUAAAACUGUUAUUUCUUGAGAUGCCAAAGUUAAAAUUUAUAGUUCGUGUCAUCCACGAUGACGCGCUGAUUUGUCAAAUCUAACCUUUAAUACUAUGACAAUACGGCUUAAGGCACGCGUCUUCGUGAAUGACACGAUGUAUAAUUAUAAUUCUUCACUAAUUAUAUCACAAAAGUAGAUGCGGUGCGAAUGAAAAAUCAAACAAUCAGGCCAAAUCAAGCAUACGGUGACGUCAGAAUUAUAUCUUUUGGACGUAGUUUAAGGACGUACCCGGGUCCUGGCCUGAUUGUUUUUCUGUCAUGAGCGUUUGUACCUGUAAACUUUAUUUUAAGAAAUUAAGGCCA